CUGAAAGCAAUACUUCACAUAUCGGUAUGUCCUUCUCGGUUUUGCAAGAGACCAUUGAAGUGUUAUCAAGAGCGUUGUCUAACAGCGGUCCUUCAAGCUACCUCUCGACCGCAAAGCCCAACUUGACCAUUCGACCCCUUGAAGCAGCCAUAUCCAAAAUGCCUGCCGUCCGCCAGUACCCCGCCUCCACCUUCUCCCAGGCCGCGCCUGAGGGAGCCCUCGGCCGCCCCACGAACUACUCGUGCCCCGAUGAGGAGGACAAGAACGACAGCCAGGGCCGCGACGUCACGUGUGGAGCUUAA